AUGCUACCCACACGUAUUCCAGUGAAUAGGAUUAUCAUGUCUCGUCGAUAUAAUACAGCAGCACCUCCCCCUGGUGGUGGUGGCGGUGGUGGUAGUGGAGGAAAGUUGACAGCGUUGGCUGCUGUGGUACUUGGUGCAGCGGGUUACAUGUAUUACAGCAAACAAAGAAACUUGGAUGAUGCUGCACAUCAUGGACAACCAAUUUUGACAACGCCACCUAUCCCAUCUCGUGCUAAUUCACCACCAACAACGACCACAACUACUGGUGCCACCCAUGUCACGUCGACGCAUGCUCAAUUGGCCCGAGACCAUUUACAAGCAACUGGUACUGAGAUUAGGCAUAUGGCCCAGGAUGCUGAGAAUCGAGUAGUCAAUGCUGCUGAAAAUGCUGAACGACGUGUAAAGAACACGGCAUCGGAUGUUGAACAUCGAGUGAAGGAAGAUGCACAUGAACUUGCUGAUAAGGCUGAUACAUUUGCUGUUGAGCAUCAUCUCAAAGCACAUGGCGAACGAUCGGCCGAAAGUGUUGUACAACAAGACACUGCCAAUAAGUCUGUGGAUGGUAUCGUGGCUGAUGCAAGUGCAUGGUCGAAUCCAGAAGCACACGCCAAAUACGAGGAAGCCAAGGAUCGCGUAGAAAACAAAUGGAACCAAGCUAAACAAGAUGUGCAUGAAACGGCUGAUCGAGCAAGUUCAACUUGGCAACAGACCAAAGCCGAUGCCAAAUCUACAGCUGAUAAAGCGCAACAAAAGAAGGAUGAGUUAUCACGUGAAGCAUCAUCAACAUGGCAAAGGACAAAGCAAGACGCCAAGGAAACUGCCGGCCAAGCAGGUGCUGCAUUGGAUGAAAAGACGAAUAGAGCUGCCAACCAAGCCGAGUCAUGGUGGAAUCAGACCAAGGCCGAAGUCGAGGAAACAGCCAAUGAAGCUGCUAAUCGUGUUGACGCAGCAUGGCAGAAGACCAAAAAAGAUACUGAAAGUGCUGUCAAUCAAGCCAAUGCUGCAUGGGAUCGAGCUGCCAAUGAUGUCGAGAACAAGUGGCAACAAACCAAACGGGAUGCUGAGAAAGCUGUCAACGACGCCAACGCUGAGUGGGAACAUGUUAAGAAGGAGACACGUGAACAAGUUGACAAGGCGGGCCGAGAUAUUGAUACGUCAUGGCAACGCACCAAGAACGAAGCCGAGAAUGCAUGGCAACAAACCAAGAAUGAAGCUGAUAAUGCAUGGCAACAAACCAAAAAGGAUGCGGAUGAACUUGGCCGACGUACUGAAUCAGCUUGGGAAAAAACCAAAAAGGAUGCAGAUCAACUUGGUCGCUAUGCUGAAUCAUCUUGGGACCAGACUAAAAAGGACGCUUCUGCUGCUGCACAUCGAGUGGAAGACAAGAUGGAUAAUGCUGCCCAUGACCUUUCUUACAAGUGGGAAGAUGCAAAACAUGAUGCUCGUGCCAAAGCCCAACAAGUGGAUUCAUCGUGGCAACAAACGAAACAAGAUACAGCUGCCAAGACCGAUAGAGCUGCUUCUCAAAUUGGAUCGACUAUUGACCAAGGCAAGCAAGAUGCUAGUGCAAAAUUGGAUCAAACUCGACGUGAUGCAAACAAUGCUAUGGAUAAAGCAGAGACCAAAUGGGAGCACUGGAAAUCUGAAAUCCGUGAUGAAGCCCAACGACUUCGUGGCAAUGCAGCUGAAACAUAUGAGGAAGCAAAAGAAAAGUUGGAUCUGGAUCAUGGCAAUCGAAAACCAGCAAGACAAGUGGUUGAAGAAGAACGUGGAGACAGCAAAUUGUAG